CUUAUUGCGAGACUAUUGUUUCUAGGAUCUGUACGUUUUGUCGUAUGUAUCGUAUCGGCGAACACACCUGGCUGCGCUUCCGCACCCACUUCCGCAAUAGUCGACACCGACAGCUUGGCACGGGCGGGGGCGCGGAUCAUCGACACUUUGCAUUAGAAAAUACCAACAUCGACCUUGAAAGCGUUUAGCGAGGUGCGGGGAGGUAAUGUGACUCUUCCACAUCAGCUCACUUUGCCCUUCUUUGCGGAGAUUGCGGUGCCGGCGAGGAUGGAUUAGUGGAAUGCCUCAAACGUUGACAUCGAGAUCGUAGGUGUUUGCGACGUGUAUUUACCAUCGAGGAAAUGUAAAUAUCGAACAGCAGAACUGCUGCGCAUUCCUGUACUUGAUAGUCGUUUGUCUCACCUUCGAAGAAGAUAGACUUCAGCAUGAGCAAACUAUCCGCUCAGACACUGUCCCAGCUUUCGCAAGCCGCCGACGAUGCAUGUACAGACCAGAUAGCUGGUAUCCCGGGUGCGGUGGUUGUGGUUGUCGGUAAGGAUGGCAAGGAACUCUUCUCCCAUGCAGCCGGAAGACGUGGAGCAGGCAGCCAUGAGCCUAUGACCCUCGAUAGUGUGUUUUGGAUCGCAUCGUGUACGAAGAUGAUAGUGGGCGUUGCUGUGAUGCAGCUUGUUGAGAGGGGUGUAUUAAGCUUGGAUGACUCGGCGCAGGUGGAAUCGCUUUGUCCAGAACUGAAAGCGGUUCAGGUCUUGAAGGCCGAUGGAACUCUCGUGCCGAAGAAGCGAGGCAUCACACUCCGCAUGCUGCUGUCUCACACUGCAGGAUUUGGAUACACCUUCUUCAAUGAGAAGCUAAGAGACUUCAGUCGACCCGCGGGUUGGGACGAAUUCUCCGGGUUAGAGUUCGACAUCAAGCAGCCGCUCGUGCAUCAACCCGGCGAGGGUUGGGAAUAUGGGCUCGGCAUCGACUGGGCAGGAAAAGUAUUGGAAAGAGCAACAGGCCGUACGCUUGAAGAAUACUGCCAGGAAAAGAUUUACGCCCCGCUCGGACUGAAGAAUGUUUCCAUGAAGCCGCACGCCGAGAUGUUGAGAAAUUUGGCAUAUAUGAACAGCCGAGAUGGAAACGGAAAGCUCUCAAGGAGGGACCACCUGCUGAGACGCCCUUUGUUACCAGACGAGAGCCAUUCACCUAGCUUCUUCUACAGCGGGGGAGCCGGGUGCUUUGCAAAGCCCCGAGAAUAUGCCCAAAUUCUGGCAAUGCUCCUAAAUGACGGCACGUCGCCCACGACCGGCGCACAGAUUCUCUCCCCGUCAACCGUGGAAAUCAUGUUCCAGAAUCAGAUCACCCAAUUUCCAAACUUCGCACGUCAAAGCAUCCCGGCUGCGAAGCCGGAUCUGACAAACGCUAUACCGGAGAUAUAUCCCGUACCUGGCAAUGGCCCGCAGGGUUGGGGGUUGACAUUUAUGUUGAGCGGUGCAGGCGCAACCGGAAGAUCUGCAAGCACUGCAUUUUGGGCAGGCCUACCUAAUCUUUGGUGGUGGUGCGAUCGAGAGAAGGGGGUUGCUGGCAUCGUCGCCACGCAGCUAUUGCCUUUUGCAGACGGACAAGUAUUGAAUCUAUGGGGUAAGAUCGAGUCGGCGGUCUACCAGGCUUUGUAGACUGGAGACUAAUACGGACGUUAUAUAUGUCUGUGACAGCAACUGUGACGUGGGAUGAGUGUCGUGACGCGGGAUCGGAGUUGUGCGGUUGAUACUAAGGAUCGAUCGGUAGAAAGAAGCCGAAGAUGCGCUAGUCCUAAAGUAGAAUGGCUGAGCACCGAUAUCAAUCAAAGUG